AUGGUCGUCCUUGCUGCGUCCAUCUGUACCCGCGGCGGGAAGGCCGUGCUCGCGCGGGCAUUCCACGACAUCAAGCGAUCGCGUAUCGAGGCCCUGCUAGCGUCUUUCCCCAAGGCGGCGAACUCGGGAACCCAACACACGACAGUGGAGCAGGACAAUGUCCGCUUCGUCUACCAGCCGCUCGACGAGCUGUACAUGGUGCUCAUUACCAACAAGCAGUCCAACAUCCUCCAAGACAUCGACUCGCUGCACCUGUUUGCCCAAGUUGUGACUAGCACCUGCAAGAGCCUAGACGAGCGGGAGAUUCUCCGGAAUGCCUACGAGCUGAUCAGCGCGUUUGACGAGUUGGUGACGCUUGGGUACCGGGAGAACUUGACGAUCAGCCAGAUUAAGACGUUUUUGGAGAUGGAGAGUCAUGAGGAGCGCAUCCAGGAGAUCAUUGCUCGGAACAAGGAGCUGGAGGCCACCGAAGAGCGCAAGCGCAAGGCCAAGCAACUGGAAAUGCAACGCAAGGAGACCGGGCGGAGCGGCCGUAGCGCUGGUAGCAGCGGGGGCAGACCCCCCGUAUACCCGACAUACACUCCACCAGUGCGGCCAGCGGUCACCGAAACAUUCGAUACCUAUGAGGCCGAGAAGAACAAGUCCAAGUUUACCGCACCGAAGGGCAAGGGUAUGCAGCUAGGCAAGAAGUCCAAGACCACAGAUAUGUUUGAGCGCGUAAAGACAGAACUGGGCCCUGUGGACGACACACCCCUUGUGCCCGUGGCCGCACCUUCGGCUGCUGAACCAGCCGCUGCUUCGCGGGCAUCAACCGCGCUGGACCGGGACGCCAUUCACGUCACGAUCAACGAGGCCAUCACGGCCAAGAUUUCGAGGGAUGGCGCGCUGAACUCGUUCGCUAUUAGCGGUGACCUCACAUUGCGUGUGACGGAUCCGUCCCUCACAAAGCUCAAGCUGAACCUCGAUGCGACCCCAUCGCAUGGCGCACAGUUCCGGACGCAUCCUAACGUCGACAAAAACAUCUUCAACAGCACUAAAGCGAUUCAGAUGGCCAACACGGCGCGGGGAUUCCCCGUCAACAACGCGGUGGGCGUCCUCCGGUGGCGGGCGACGCCCAAGGCGGACGACACCAGCGUGCUCCCGAUUUCGUUCACGGUCUGGGUCAACAAGGGUUCGGACGGGAACUCCACGCUGACGAUCGAGUACGAGCUGUCGGGCAACGACACGCUGCGGGAUGUUAGCGUGGUGGUGCCGUUUUCGAGCGCCGAGCCGUCCAUCUCUAGCUUUGACGCCGUUUACGAGGUGUCGGGCGACAGCCUGGAGUGGUCGAUUGGCACGGUCAGCGAAGAGAACUCAAGCGGCGCGUUUGAGUUCGAGGCGCAGACGGAUGAUGAGAAUGAGUUCUUCCCGAUGCACGUGCGUUUCUCGAAGACGGCGCCGUUUGUUGAUGUUGAUGUUAAAUCGGUGGAGCUCCUUGAGCUAAACGAGGAGGUUGAUUUCUCAAAGGAUAUUAAGUCGGUGGCGGAAUCCUACUUAAUCGAGUAG